UAUUUUUAAACAUGUGGAUAAUUUUACACAUAUUGAAUUGUUGAUUUUUCUGUUAUACUAAUUUUAUUUUUAAUUUUUGUACCAAAAAUAUACCUUCAGUUUUAUUUUUCUAAGAUCGGUUCAAUUUGUAGCUAGAGCAGAAAAGUGAAUAACGAAAUAAAAGGGAAAAAAUUAACUAUUCUUCUAAUCAAGAAAUUGAUGGUUCUUCGCAAAUAGAAGACUAGAGAAUAAGAAAGAAAAGGUAAAAAUGCCAAAAUGGUCGAGCGAUAUGUCUCAAAGGAUCUCGUCUUCGCGAACCUCGGGCGACUCGUCCAACGUGAGACCUGUCCACUCGUCGAAGAAACUGGAACCCAGCUUCAGAAUCUCAGACUUCUAUAAGAAAAUGCGAAGUACCCAGUUCAAAAAGCCGAAACGUAUUUCAAAAAUGGAAGUGCAGGCGGCCGCCCGUAUCAUCGCCCCUUUCAUUUACCUACGAUCCCAGUCCGCCGGUCCUAAAAACAUCACAACUAAGGGCAAGAAGUCUUUUAGGACCAUCAGAUUAACAAGGCCUUCUUUCAACAUUCCAAACAUUUCUUCGCAUCUUAAAACGACUUUCGACCUCCCGAUGCUCCUCCUCGACUCCGCCCUGACGUUGAAGAAGUGCACGAAGUCCGAAAAUAUGAUACUCUAUUUGAAAGAUGAUGCGAACGGCGAAAUCUUCCAGUUUUCAACUCACGUAGUCGCCCAGUCUCACAGGGUGAACUACAAAAUACAACCGGGUACGACACUUGCGGCCUACGUUGCAUACACGAAGCAGUAUGUUGUCACUGAAGACUGUUUGAGUGAUGCUCGUUUUCCGUUUGGAUUGGGCUGGACGACUGAAAACGGACCAGCAUUGUGCACGCCGAUCAUCACCCCAAUUGGUUUGGAAUUGUUCGCCGUUAUUGAGCUCUCGAGAGAUCUGAAAGACAAGCCGUAUUCUAAGAGGGAAGUUGAAGCUUGUCUAAAUCUCGUCGGCUGGAUUGGUGCCACUGUGCAAGAAAACCAGGAUUCCAUGCUUUUUGAAAAAGAGAGGAUUUUAUACGAUUAUCUUAAACAGCUUAUUUCAAUUUAUUUUUGCCAACCUAUUGAGCUGAAUAUGUUUUUCUCGGAACUUGUGGUUUCAGCAAGGAUAGCUUUAUGUGCCCAGAGCUCCGCUUUCUACACGAUAGCCCACGUGGACGACCGAGGAGAUCUCGAGAUGGACAUGUACGCCGAAUCGGGAAUUGACAAACACCAGAGAAAACAGUGGUUUAAAUUGAACACGAGUAAAACUGUCGCUGCUAGAGUAGCGAUUACUGGGAAACCGCUUAACCUCAGCCGCAAAGAACUCGUCCUGAACAGGUUCAACACGUCGAUUUUCAAACCGAUCCCUUGUCGCAACAUCUUAUCGAUGCCGGUCGUGUACAACAAGCGCGCUAUCGGUGUCGUCGAACUUCUGAACAAAAUCGACGGUGAGAAAUUCACAAAGACGGACGUCGAUAUAAUGAACAACAUCAUACUGUUCUGCAAUGCCACUCUCUCCUGCUACACACUUAAAGAAGACAUGAGGAGACUGCUCUCAAGAUUGAAAGUGAGGCAGAAGAUGUUGGAAUAUCACAUGGAGCCUUGUAUCCAUGACCUACAAGUCUUUCACGAACUCAAUGUGACUAUACCCAACGAUCUGAAAAAAUUCAGUUUUCUUAUUGAUGAGUCGAUUCCGACGAUGAAUCUUUGUUUCUACGCACAUGAGUUGUUGCUGCACGUCAUGGGCAAAGCGUACAUCGAAGCCGUGAACACGAAAAAACUCCUUUUGAUGGCCGCAAAAGCGACACCCAAUGGGAUUUUUCACAAUUUCCAUCAUUGUUUUUCACUAUUUCACGUAGUGUUUUUCGUCUUGUCCCAGUACCCUUCGCUCUUCACCCUAGACGAGAAAGAGGAGCUGUUGUUGACUGCUCUAUGCCACGGUGUGCAUAACAAUAAUAUGAUCGCUACUUCUGCUCAAGUCGACGCCCUUCCAGAAUACUCAGAGUGGAAGCAAUUCAAAUACCACGAAACCCUUAAGUAUAUGGAGAUAAUUUUCAAGGACACUGGCGUACUCCCGCCUGUUGUCAAACCAGUUUACAAUGAAAAAAUGAACGAAAUCAGCCAACUGCUUCUAUACUGCUACCAGAAAGACUACGUACAAGACGGCAAAGAUUUGGUGAACCGUCUCGACAAAAAACUGUUCAAGUGGAACCACCCGGACGACAGAAUAAGGAUGAAAAGAGGGAUUAUGGUCGUGGCCACUUACUACCUUCAUACAAAACCGUUUAUCAUGUCUGUCACAGAACUGAUGAAACUCUACUGUCAACUAUCUGAUGAAAUAGAGGGGUGCCAGGACUCGAUGAUUAACGUGAGCGGUCUGCCGAUUAUGCCGAACACAAACGAGAACCUUCAGAAGGUCGCUGUCGAUCAGAUCAAGUUCUUACACGAAGUCGUCCUACCUUGGAUUUACAUUAUCAACCUGCUAUUUCCAAAUACAGCCCCGAUCUAUGCCGCUUGCCUCAACGUCCUAGAGUGUUGGAAAGGAGUCCUGCAGAUCGAGGAGGACGUGGAGGUCUGGUUUCCGGACAAGUCGAUCGUAUACAAGACAUCAAAAUUGAGAGACGAGGUCAUGAAAGUAUUAGAUUCUCUAAAAACUUAACCCUUUUCUAACAGGAUACAUCAAAUAAGGUACAAUGAUAACGGUGGUGUUAAGUCUAACGUGUCAUGUUCAACAGUACCACCGAAUAAAACUAAGAGUGUACAUUGUUUA